AAAGAUUGGCUGCGGGCCAAGGAGCCGUUAGCGCCCACGGAGAUGCUGCGCCGCCUGCGCCAGUGACUGGAAGGUGCUGCCCGGGGAAUAAUGGCUGUCGUGGCUUUGGCGACGCGGAUGCGGCUGGGCGUGUGGGGUGUGAGGACCAUGCAAGCCCGAGGCUUCGUCUCCGAUGGGGCCGAUAAUGUCGAGUCCAGCGGGGGCUCCGUCCGGGAUGCCGGUGGGGCCUUUGCAAAGAGAGAGAAGGCCGAAGAGGAUCGGUACUUCCGACAGAAGACUAAAGAACAACUGUCAGCCUUGAAGGAGCACCAUGAAGAUGAGAUCGUUCAUCAUAAGAAGGAGAUUGAGCGUCUGCAGAAAGAAAUUGAGCGGCAUAAGCAUAGGAUCAAGAAACUAAAACUGCACGAUGAGUAAAUGCACACAGUUCCCCACAGAAUGACCACAUGUAAUUGCCCCCUGCUAUGCAGUUCUGGUUUAAUUGAUAUAUAUCUGUGUGCAACCAACAGAUUAAAAUAAAUUGUCACCAGUGAA